AUGGCGAAAGGUGAUAAAGAUUUAGAAAAACCUGUUGUGAAAAAUGAACUGCCUACACCUGAGUCUCGGAGUACUGACAAUGAGGAUUCUGAAUCUAACCAAGAGCAACUGUUGGACAUUGGCGAACAUUAUUUAGUGAGGCGUGUCGAUGACUCAUGGCGGCCGGCUGAGAUUAUACAGACGCGUUACAAUUCUUCGGAUUCGUGCUACGAAUAUUAUGUGCAUUAUGUUGGGUGCGAUAGGAGACUGGACGAAUGGGUACCCCGCCACCGAAUUAUGUCCGAUAGAUUUGACGGAUGUGAUCAAUCUAACAACAAAUCUGAUCAUUUAUUGACAGAUAAAUCCGGCCGCAAAAUAACGCGUAAUCAGAAACGUAAACAUGAUGAAAUCAACCAUGUCCAGAAAACUUAUGCGGAAAUGGACCCCACAACUGCGGCUCUUGAAAAAGAACAUGAAGCAAUAACUAAAGUUAAAUAUAUUGAUAGAAUUCAGUUUGGUAAAUAUGAAAUAGAUACUUGGUAUUUUAGCCCGUACCCAGAGGAAUAUGGUAAACAAUCUAAAUUGUUUAUUUGUGAGUUUUGUUUGAACUAUAUGAAACUAGAAAAAACAUUUAUCAAUCAUGCAAAUACCUGUCCACAACGACAACCACAAGGCAUGGAAAUAUACAGAAAGGGAACUAUUGCUAUAUUUGAAGCUGAUGGUAAAGAAGAUAAGCUCUAUUGCCAGAGUUUAUGUUUACUGGCUAAGUUAUUCUUAGAUCAUAAGACCCUAUAUUUUGACAUAGAACAAUUCCUGUUUUACAUGUUAUGUGAAGUUGACAAACAAGGUGCACAUUUAGUAGGUUAUUUUUCUAAAGAAAAGGACUCUCCGGAGGGUAACAAUGUAGCUUGUAUCUUAACACUCCCACCUUUUCAAAGACAAGGCUAUGGAAAGCUGCUAAUUGCUUUUAGUUAUGAGUUAUCAAGGUUAGAAAAAGUUGUAGGAAGCCCAGAAAAACCAUUAUCAGACUUAGGUAAGUUAAGCUACAGGUCAUAUUGGUCUUAUGUUAUAUUGGGUGUAUUAAGUAUGACCAGAGGUAUUCUUAGUAUCAAGGACCUUAGUCAAAUGACAGGAAUUGCUCCGACUGAUAUUAUAUCAACACUACAGUCUAUGAAUAUGGUAAAGUAUUGGAAAGGCCAACAUGUAGUCUGUGUUACACCAAAGAUGGUUGCUGAGCAAUUUUCUAGUUCUCAUUUUAAGAAACCUCGUUUAACAAUUGACCCGGAUGCAAUAAGGUGGACUCCUCCCCUUAAACAGGGGCCUUCUGCUAAGGUUAAGAAGUAA